AUGUCUGAAGAGGCUCUAUCAGAGAGUGAUUUGGACACUAACCCAAACAGUGAAGAGGAGGAUCUUGAAAAUGAAGAAGAGGAGGAAAAUGAUGACAAGGAGGAGGAGGAGGAUGGUGAUGAUGAUGAUGAGGAGGAGGAGGAUGAAAACGAUGGAGAUGAUGAGGAUGACAGUGUUGAGCGUCCAGCAAGUACUCAGAGUCAACCGGAAUCCUCUGAAUCACCAACCUCUGAGCCUUCAUCACAGCCUGAAUCACGGCCAUCUUCUCGGACUCCCUCCAGACCUGCAUCAAGGUGUCAAACGUUGACGCCUGCAAGUCCAGAAAACUCAAAUAAGAAGAUUACCCCUACCAAAAUAAAGAAACAAAAACAAAGAAACAAAGAAAAGAAGUCCUCCAGUAAAUCAAAAUCUCCAAAGUCUCCAAAGGGAUCUAAGUCCACUAAGCUAUCAAAACCUUCCAACAUGAGGAAAAACAUCAGAAAACUGUUGAAAGAGGACCAGCUGGAAGCUGGUACAAAGACUGCUCAACAGGAAGAGAUGGAAAGAAGAAAACGUCUGGAACAGCAGAGGAAGGAUUUUCCUUCAGCAGCCCUGGCAUUCCCGGAAUCUCAACUAGCUGAAACAUCUGCGAUUUUAGGAGAAGUUUCAAAGUUAGUUCCCGAUCUUCUAAGCAAGGAAGAUGUAAUAUGUCUUGAUAGUAGUGGAGAUGAAGAAGAACAUUUGGAACCACAGUUGCCGGUUCUUGCUGUUAGAGAUGAUGUAAUAGAACUAAGUUCUGGAGAUGAAGAUGCUCUACAAAUCAGCAGUGAGUCUGCUGAGGAGGAUGCAGACGCUCCAGGUUGUGAGGAGAGCAGUGGAGCUCACAUCAAUGAUGCAGUGAACUUACCUGAUGCUCUUGGCCGUGUCCUGGUCAAUCUCAAUCACCCUGCAGAAGAAAAAGACAUAUUUCUUGCUCCACAACUUGCCAGGGCAGUAAAACCACAUCAGAUUGGGGGCAUUCGCUUUCUUUAUGACAACCUAAUCGAAUCUCUGGAGCGGUAUAAAACCAGCUGUGGCUUUGGCUGCAUCCUUGCCCACAGCAUGGGACUGGGAAAGACGCUGCAGGUCAUUUCGUUUGUUGACAUUUUGCUAAGGAAUACUGAGGCUCACACUGUGCUGGCCAUUGUCCCUGUGAACACGCUUCAGAACUGGCUGUCAGAGUUUAACUUAUGGCUCCCCUCUCAAGAGGCCCUUGGUUCUGACACAGAUCCUGCAAUUUUUACUGCUCGAAAUUUCAAAGUCCACAUUUUAAAUGAUGAGCACAAAACAACGCUUGCAAGGGCCAAAGUUGUGGAGGACUGGUCCAAAGAUGGGGGAGUUUUACUCAUGGGUUAUGAGAUGUACCGACUCUUGUCUAUGAAGAAGAGUUUUGUCAUGGGAAAGAAAAGGAAAUCUAAGAAGCCAAUGGGCCCAAUCAUCAUUGAUCUGGAUGAAGAGGACCGACAACAGGAGUUAAUGAAAAAUAUUGAAAAGUCAAUUGCACGACCUGGACCCGAUGUUGUGAUAUGUGACGAGGGACAUAGGAUCAAGAACUACCAUGCGAGCACUUCACAGGCUCUUAAAAACAUCAGGUCGAGGCGGAGAGUGGUUCUAACUGGGUAUCCACUACAGAACAACCUUAUCGAGUACUGGUGCAUGGUGGACUUUGUCAGGCCAGACUUUUUAGGCACACGGCAGGAAUUCAGCAAUAUGUUUGAAAGGCCAAUUCUGAACGGGCAGUGUGUGGACAGCACUCCUCAAGAUGUUCGACUGAUGCGUUAUCGCAGCCACGUUCUUUACAGUCUACUGGAAGGAUUUGUACAGAGACGAGGCCACGAUGUGCUGAGGGAUCAGCUCCCUCACAAAGAGGAGCAUGUCAUAAUGGUGAGGUUGACUCCUAUCCAGAGAGCCCUGUACACAGAGUUCAUGCAACGAUUCAGAGAAGCAGGAAACAAUGGAUGGCUCGGACUUAAUCCUCUCAAAGCAUUUUGUGUAUGCUGUAAGAUUUGGAAUCAUCCAGACGUCCUUUAUGAGGCCUUGCAGAAGGAAAAUCAAGCCAACGAUCAAGACUUGGACCUAGAUGACAUAACGAACAAUCCUCGCUGCUCUGCUUCCACUGGCCUAAAAGCAAAAGUUGCUGAUUCAAGCAAUAGUAAAGGGAAUGGAAACAACUUGCCACCUCUGAAUCCUUCUCAGGACAGAUCAAAUCAAGUGAUCACCUAUGAAUGGGCUAAGGACAUCAUGUCAAAGUACCAAACUGGAGUGCUGGAAAACUCUGCUAAGAUGCUUUUGCUGUUCUGUUUGAUUGAGGAAAGUGUAAAGAGACGAGACAAGAUAUUGGUGUUCAGCCAAAGUUUGUCUACACUGUCUCUUAUUGAGGACUUCUUAUCAAGAAGACCCAUGUCACCUGAAGUCUGCCCCCCCGACGGCUUGAGUCACAAUUGGAUUCGCAACCUAAACUACUAUAGACUAGAUGGCAGUACUUCUGCUACUGAGAGAGAACGCCUCAUCAAUCAGUUCAAUGACCCUGAGAACAACACAGCCUGGGUGUUCCUCCUGUCUACCAGGGCAGGCUGCUUGGGUGUUAAUCUAAUUGGAGCAAACCGAGUGGUCGUGUUCGAUGCCUCUUGGAACCCCUGUCAUGACGCUCAAGCAGUGUGCCGAGUGUAUCGGUACGGUCAGAAAAAACCCUGUUUCAUUUACCGCCUCGUCUGUGACUUCACUUUGGAGAAGAAGAUUUAUGACAGACAAGUUUCCAAACAGGGAAUGUCCGACCGUGUGGUGGAUGACCUAAACCCGGUUCUUAACUUCACCCGAAAGGAGGUGGAAUCGUUAUUGCACUUUGUCGAGGAGGAGCCUGAGACAAAAAAGAUCUCUCUUGAAUCAAAAAAUGAGCUUGAGUUUGUAUUGUUCCAGGCGUGUCAUCUGCAUCCACACCUCAUCACUAAGCCACCUUUCCAACAUGAGUCUCUGCUUGUGGACCGCAAGGAAUCUAAACUAACCAAAGCAGAAAAAAAGGCUGCUAAGAAAGGCUACGAGGAUGAGAAAAGAGCCUCUGUGCCUUAUUCCCGUCCUUCUUACGCGUCUUAUUAUCCAAACAGUGAUCAAGCUCUUGCAAAUAUACCUGCUUUUAACCAACGGGGGUGGCGACCAAUCUUUAGACCUGAUGAGAAGCCAGUGGCUAGUGUUCGGCCGAUUCAAUCAACCCCAAUUCCCAUGAUGCCCCGCCAGGUUGGGAUGGGUAUGGCGGGUUCCAGCGGUGGCAUCCCAGUAAACUUCCUGCAGAAAGCUGGAGUUUCUGUGCAGAGAAUAGUCACAACAACAGAUAUUGUAAUACCUGGAGCAAACAGCGCCACAGAGGUACAAGCCAGAAUCAGUGCUGGAGAAACCAUUCAUGUAAUAAGGGGGUCUAAAGGCACCUACAUCAGAACUCAUGAUGGAAGGAUUUUUGCCGUCAGAUCAGGAAAAAUUAGCCGACCUCCAGUUGCACUAGCUGCUGUUUCACGAGAACCACAGGGCACUCUGAUGCCGGCAGUCACUAAUGGCUGCACGUCACCUGCGGAGCGACUGCAGUGUUCCCCAAGCAGAGAGCCGCAACCCUCGUCUCCUCUGAGCUCGGACCUCAUCAGGGAGCUGAGCGGCUUCUCCACCCCCGUCAGAAACUCCCCCUCCUCCUCUGGGCUCAGAAACGAACUGCUGUCCCCGCCCAACCAGAAAAACCAAACCUCUGACCUCAACAGACCCCUGGGUGAGGAUCUGCUGAGCUCUGCGUUGGACAUGCAUGGGAUAAAACGCAAAAACACUGAUCCGCAUGGCAACAUGUACAGCACUGGAAAACGUUCAUCUGCCGUGACCCGCUUUCCUGGGUUCAACAUGGGCUCCAGUGGACUUAGCUUUCCCCCAAUGGGACUAAACUCACCCUCUUUAUUGGGGAACAUGGGACACAUGAGUCAUCCUCUAUUGAUGGGCGGUAGUGGGGGAUCUUCCUAUCUUCAAACCCCUGGACAGAACAUGGGGGACCUGCAAAACCUGUUCCCAGGCUCCUCCGGCACAGACAUGCUCAGACAGCCUGCCUCAGGGAAUGGGGUUCACCAGACAUCCUCAUCCUCUCUUUUCUCCUCCACCGCCACCACCAUUCCCUCCACCGCAACAUCUUCCUCGCUUUCGCCCAGUUCACUGCCUCCGUAUCUGAUGAACCCCAACAUGACGGGGCUGCUUACGUCUGGUUUUCCUCCUCUCAACUACAAUCAGACGUUGCUUCCUGAAUCGAGGAUGCUGUCCAGUCCUCUCCUUUCCGGCACAGGGAGUCUUCCUUCGUCGAUUCCUAGCACUUCCUCGUCCAGUUUUCUUUCCCAUUUCAGCAACCCCACUUCCAGUCUGCUGGGGGCCGCUCUGACGCACACCGACAGGCACCACAGCGCAGAGAACGGUGGCAGCAGUUCCGAUGAUGACGUUAUAGAGGUUAUUGGACAGUAG